UGAUGAACCAGAAGACACACAUUGGCAAUCAUUCACUGACAGAGAUGCUGCACUGAGGCUUAACACUUCUGCUCUGCAUGGUGCAUGAAUGCAUUUGGUCAGAUGAGGAAUGAUGCUAUGGACCAUUAUCUUCGUUUGAAAGGCACAGAUGAAGAGGACUAGCAUGUCUCAUCCUGUAUGGAGUUCACUUCAGAUGCUCCUGCUUCUGUCCUCUUCUGUCAGGAUUAAUCCUGCUGUGUCUGAAUUAGUAUUUUCAAUCUUACCAGAAGAUGGCGUUGGGAUUUUAAAUAGCUCUCUGAUGCUGCACUGCACAGUGUUUGACUCUGGCCCAAAGGCUCCUCCACCAGUGAAAUGGGAAAGAGACACUGGUGGUCUGGACAGCAGGAUUCAUCAAAUGACCAAUGGCUCACUUUUCUUUCCGCGCUUAAAAGAGGAAGACUUUGGAAACUAUUCGUGCAGUGCCAAGAGAGGGAACAAACAGAUUCAGACAACUGUCAUGAUCAGCAAAGCAUGCCUGGAAGAUGUGUUCUUUCACCCUCAGUCCAUAAGAACUGAAGAGGGACAUGAUGUGUUUCUUCAGUGUGUCUCUGGUGAUAGUUCUCCUCCUGCUCAGAUUUCAUGGUUGAAAAAUGGCAGAGUUCUCACCAAAGGAAACCAAAUUCAGGGACAGUAUGGAGGAGGGAGUCAAAGGAAGACUUCAGGCACCUUGCACAUGGCUAACAUCACCAAAACAGACCAAGGAAUAUAUAUUUGUGUCACCCACAAUCCUCUUCUGAACAUAAGCAAAGAGAGUCAUGCAGCAACUCUGACAGUGCAUGGUGUUGACAUAAAGGUCAUUGAGGGCCCACAAAAUGUCACUGUACCUGUUGAAAAGGAAGCAGCACUCCACUGCUUUGUUGAAGGCUUUCCCAUUCCCACAGUGCAGUGGUUUAAGGAUGGACGUCCAUUACCCAAUUCUUCUAGAUGGGAUCUGCAGAAAGAUGGACAACUGCUGAUUUUCAAGAGAGUUUUGUCAGAAGAUGAGGGGCUGUAUUUCUGUGAAGCUCGCAAUGAGAAGGAGAAAGUGAAAUCCCAACCAGCCUACCUCUUACCUGCAGUUAUGGAUUGGACCUUUAUGGUUGAACCUGCCAACCUAACAGUGAGGAAGGGUGAAUCUGCGACUCUCUCCUGUAGGCCUCCUCACAGCAGACCUCAAGCACAAGUGUCUUGGUUUAAGAACAACAAACUCCUCCACCCAGGACUGCAUUAUACUGCUGAUCCUAAUGGAGACCUGCACUUCCACAGUGUACAAGAGACAGACCGUGGAUGGUAUUUCUGCAGAGCAUCUAAUUCCCUUCUCAAAAGGGCUAUUACCUCGAAAGAAAUCUUCCUAGAGGUUCAUGAACCUCCAUCCGUGACUAUCUGGCCAACGGUGAUAACGUCUCCUGUAGGAGCUGAAGUGACGAUUCACUGCCAAGUGUUAGGACACCCUGCUCCUUCAAUCAAGUGGUUAAAGCUAGGUCAGUCUGUCCAAACUGGAGGCAAAAUUAUCAUGGGGUUGAGAAACACAACUCUCUACAUUUCAUCAGUGAGAAAGCAUGAUGAAGGACAUUACACAUGCACAGCCUCCAAUGCACUGGGUCACGAUGAGAAAACUAUGACUCUUCGAGUUGCUGUGAAACCAGUCAUUGUUUCCUUCGUUGCAUCACUCACAGUCUCAGAGGGAUCUCCUGUUAGACUCCCUUGUAAAGCCGUAGGAGAUUUUCCUGUCAAAUAUACUUGGAUUAGAACCGCUUUGAUACGAAACUCACAACUGUCUGAUCCAAAGUCUCUGGUCUCACUCCCACAACAGAUACGCAUUGAUGAUAAUGGGACCUUAGUCAUCUCAAAUAUUCACCAGUCUGAUUCAGGAGAGUACCACUGCACUGCCAAAAACAGAGUCGGUCAGGAUGUAAGAAGCGCCAUUAUAACUGUAACAGCUGACUCUGAUGUCCUACGUGAUAAAGAAGCACUGAGUAAAAUGAUUAUAACCACUGUUCCAGAGAGUGAACAAGAACUAUUUACUAAUUCCUUUUUCCAUGGCUCAAAGAUUCGGAACAAUACAGAGAUAAAAGAAUCGCUUCAGUGGACAACUGAAGUUUAUACAAAGAUAUCUUUGUUGAAUGCUUUUGUGGAGGACUCACCAACAUAUUUGAAUCUUGAAUCUACCCAAGACACUACAGAAUUGAUUUCACUGAAGCCAACUGGCAUUAGCGUAGGAAGUAAUGAUAACAUUAAAGAACUUAUUCAAACACAAAAUCCAACUGCUGUGCCCGUCAAACCAACAACAUCUCCCCAACUCAAAGAGACUUUUAUGCAGGAUACACAUCCACAUAUCCAACCAACGGACCAGGUCACUAAACCUCCAUUAAUGAAUCCAAUCACAAACAGCCCCUCGCCUGCAGACUCAUAUUCUCAGAUUACAAACAUUCAAAGCUUUUCCCAGACUCCAGGCUUACCUUUAAUGGAUGUGGACAACUUCACUGUGGAACAGCAUCAGAAUAAGAGUCAAAGCAUUAAGCAGUCUGGAGGUACGAAAUCAUCGGUGACAAAUGACACAGAACUAGUUGAAUCACUCAAGAAAAACACCUCACAGGCCCCUAUGAAGACCACUGACAAUAAUAACAGAGAAAAGGAGAAAUCUCAGACUUGGUUGCCUGUGAUUGAGAAACAUGACAUUCCCAUUGUGGUUGGAGUAGGUGUUUCUUUGGCAUUCAUUUUCAUUGCCAUGGCCUUUUAUUCUCUGGUUCAGACAAAUGAUCCUGCUGCUAUGCCUACAGGGAGAGCAGGUGAGACUUUAAUAUAA